CUUUGAGACCGCUAUUAUGACAUCAGCAGUGUGAUGUCACACUAGCCAUAUAAUCUUCUCCCCAAGGCAAAGGCCUCUCAUUUGCAAUGAUGUGUGCAAAGACUACAUUCGUGUGGAUCCUAUGCUUCACAGCAUUUCUUCCCGGAGUUUACUCCAAAGUUGAUGGAGCUGAUGCUCCAGCCAUUGCGGUAGAGGCCACCCACACCCCAGAGGUGAAAGGUGAUGCUCCCGCCCCAGCUUCUGCCAAAGCUGUUCAGGAUGCUCCUGCCGAAGUGGUAAAGUCUGCUAUUCUCUUCCCAGCCAACUAUGUUGCCCCAGCAGACAAAGCCGACGAUGACGCCACAGCAGAUGAGGCCGACCAUGCCACGCCAGCGGAUGAGGCCAUUGAUUCCGCCCUAGCGGACGAGGCCUUUGAUUCCGCCAAAUGGGUGAGGACGGCUGUUCUUGCCCCAGCUGACUAUGCUGUCCCAGCGGACAACACCGACUAUGAAGCCACACCAGAUGAGGCCGACCAUGCCACUCCAGCGGAUGAGGCCUUUGAUUCAACCCUAGCGGAUGAGGCCUUUGAUUCUGCCAUAGUGGAUGAGGACAAAGAUGCCGCCCAAUUGGACGAGGCGCAGGAUAUUGCCCCAGUGGAUGAGGACAGUGAUAACGAACCAGCAGACGUGGCCAACAAUGUCUCCCAUGUGGAUGAGGCUGAUGAUUCCUCCUUAGAAGACAAAGCUGAUGAUGCUAGUGCUGUAGAGACCAGUAAUACUGGAGGGGCCAGAGUUUUUACAACUUUAGAGAAGACCAGAAUAUCCAGCACACUGAUAAUUUGCAUUAUAGUCAUCUGUGUGUUUAUUCUAGCAGUAGCCAGUUUCAUUUGUCUAUGGGUGGUAUGGCGUCGUGGCAAGAAGCUAGACCUCAGCCCUGACAUUGAGGAGCCAUAAAGUGUGACAUAAGUGUGACACCACCGGAGAGAGGCAUGCGCCCCCCAUUACCACCGGAGGGAGGCAUGCGCCCCCCAGCACCAUCGGAGAGAGGCAUGCGCCCCCCAGCACCAUCGGAGAGAGGCAUGCGCCCCCCAGCACCACUGGAGAGAGGCAUGAACUCCUGCUAACAC